AUGAAGUCGAUGCAGCGCAUGGCCGGGAAGAUGACCAAGAGGUCAGCAGACCAGCAGGACGUCGGUGCUGUGAUUGCUUCUUUCAAAGCGACGGACGACAUGCUGGACAGACUUGCGAAAGACCUUGUUGCUUGGCGCAACGGCUGGGACGACAUCCUCAAGCUACAGUACGAUACCACGGAGGCCUUUGCGACUCUCUAUAAGCCCAUCGAGCCCUCCAACGACCCUGAGCAGCGUCACACUCCCUCAAUCACACCACAAGAGUACAUACAGAAAUGUGUGGGCCUACAGAAGGUGUACUCGGACAUGAAGAUCGACCUGCAGCAAGAGAUCACUCUGAUCGACAACAAGGUGAUUCGUCCAGUCAACGAGGCCAAAGGUGCCAUGAAGAGUUUGCAGAAGACUAUCAAGCACCGCGAGAACAUGAAGCUGGACUACGAGCGCUACCUCAGCAGAGCAGAACAUGCGCGUAAGAAGGGCACGAAGACUCCGAAGGACGAGGCUGCGCUCGCGAAACACGAGAGCGACUUGCAACAGGCACAGAUCGACUACCAGACAGCGGACGACCAGGUCGUACAGACGUUUCCACCAGUCACGGAAGCUGUUAUCAGUCUUCUGCCGCACUUGCUCGCAAGCCAGAUCAUGAUUCAGACCACGCUCGUCGGACAAAUCUACACCACCCUCGAUCAGUACUGCAGGCAGAAUAGAAUGCCUAGUCCGGCACCGAGUGAUGCGAAAAUCAUCAGCGAGCACGACCGAGAGUUCACGAGUCUGAGGAAGGAAUUGGAAGAUGGCGGCAUAGGCAUAGUCACACAAGGCAAAGCUGUCCACCAGAGCAUGGCUCUUCCUAAGGAAGAAGGUAGCACCUACACUGGCCUCGGUAUCCGGAACAAGAGCAUGGCAGGCUACAACAAGGGCGCAAGUAUGGUGCAUCGUGGGAAGACCAAGGACAGUGCACCUCAGGUCAAUGGAGGCGCGAGAGUCGAUAGCGCUGCAGGUUACGAGGAGGAGGAUGCGCCCGUCAAGCCACCUCGACCAGGACACUCACCAGGCUACUCGCCAUCGCUUUCGCCGGGCGUACCUAUGUCAAACAAGCCACGAAUGUCAUCAUUCAACGGCCAGAACAACUACAACGCUGCCUACGACCAGCAGCCGGGCAUACCUCGCAUGCCAUCUUAUGGGAGCAACAUGGCGCGGUAUGAUCAGAAGCCCACUGUUCCGAUGCCAUCACCUGGCUACGCAGGUCAGCAAGCCCCUCCGCCAUACACCGAGACUGCGUCAUCCGGAGGAGCAACGCCAUCGAGCUACCAUACGCCCAUCAAUGGUCGAUCGCCUUCAGCUUCUGCGGCUCUGAACGCCGGCAACGACUACUUCAAGCCAUCACUUGACCGCAAGACAUCAGCAGGAUCGUUUGCCUCGAGUGUAGCUGGCAUCGCUGCUGGGAAGAAGAAGCCGCCCCCGCCAGUACCGGCGAAGCGUCUGGCAAGUCAGCAAACGCAGUUUGUUACAGCGCUUUAUGACUUUGACGGACAGAAUGCGGGAGACCUUGCGUUCAGAGAGGGUGACAAGAUACGGGUGAUCAAGAAGACGGAUAGCACGGACGAUUGGUGGGAAGGCGAGAAUAGAGGCAAGACGGGCUCCUUUCCAGCCAACUAUGUCCAGCUUUGA